AGCAAUGUUUACCGUCUUCUCUGCUCGCACCCAGCCUCGUGACGUGACCUGAGGAAUCCAAUUACGUUUGUCAAGUCCCUUCAUCUUAUGACUCUUGCUGCCUAUCUUUGACUUAUGACUCUUGCUGCGAUCUCUGCCCCAUUCUUCUGAGUCACCUGGUCCAGAUGCAAUGGGGGAGAAAGUGCCAUGUAAACUUUAUAUGGCAAAGUCCAUAAAUGAUCUCAAUGACCGUGUUAAGGACAUUCCCAAUGCCCCUCCCAAACUAUUGGUUAAGAGUGCCCAAAAAAUCCUUAGUGAAGCCCAGUUGGCUGAUAGAAGUAGAGAUGAGGAGAAAGCAUAUAUAUUAUUCAUGAGAUAUUUCUCUAUUGUGAAGGUCAUCCAAAACCACCAGGACUAUAAGAAUUCAAAGAAGUAUUAUGAUGGCCUAUUAGACCCAAAGAUGACAUUCAUGGUAAUUGACCGUGCAGAAGAACUACAGAAAAAUCUAAAGAGACGAUAUGAAAGUAAGUCUAGUGCCUUAAUACAGAAAAAGCAAGAAGAGGAAAAGAAAGCAGCAGAGAAAAACCAGCAAGCUGAAAAGGAAAAGCAAGCAAAGAAGAUCACUGAAACAUCCAAGACCCCAGCAUCACCUACAUCUAAUGGGUUGCUUGUGGAGGAAGGUUGUAUAUCAUGUAAGAAACUUUACUCCCUCAUAAAGGAAAGGUGCUCCUCCUAUCUUAUCCUUGAUGCUAGACCUAGAGACGACUUUCUGGAAUCCCAAAUGAAGGUGUCUAAUGUGAUGAAUAUUCCUGAAGAAAUACUGAAGCCAGGGUUAACAGCUGGAAGAAUAGGUAGUGAGCUAGAUGAUAGUGCACGGAACGUUUGGGUCACACUGCGUCACAAAGUAGAUUUCCUAAUACUUGUGGACUGGGUGACAGAACAACCCCCUCUGCCAGCCCCUCUCAGGUGCCUCAUAGAUGCCAUGGUGAAGUGGGAUCCAGGCAAAGAGUACAAGAGCCAGCCAUGGGUGCUACAAGGUGGGUAUGACAUGUGGCGUCUCAUGUAUCCAAUGCAUACCACUAACCCCACAGUGGAGAGACGAGCCUCGACUACCACCCCAAAGAUAGACCAAGAUUCACUUAACUUUGAAUAUCCAGAUCUGGAUAAUGCCUUCCUAUUAACUCCGUCCCCGAGUCCACACGGUAAGCCUCAGACUGCUCCGGGAAAGACUCCAGGUCCAGCCCCAAGUGUCAUACGUGAACUGAAACCUUCUAAUCUAGAUAAAGAGAUGAUGAUGGAUGGCAAGAACAAUAAUGAUGCCUACAUCAGCAAUAACCAAGUAUUUAAUAAUCUUGCCAAGCCUGAGGAUAGCCCUGUCAAGGCAGCAAUAGGCUCUAAUGUCAACACCUGGGAGACCAAAGACUCCAACAAGUCGCUUGAUGUCCAGAGAAGCAGACAGACCCCAUCAGACAAAUUUGACAGCCUGCCCUCCAUCCCCAGUCGAGCACUCAAGCCCAAGGACUUGUUGGAAAGCCUAAGGAGGAAGCAAGAAGAAUUGGAAGAAGAGCAGGUGUUGCUUGAAGAGUCUGUGAAAGUGGAACAGGAUACACUGAAAAAGAUAGAAGAGAUGGAGGAGACUGCAACAGCCCUGGAGAGGACACAGGAUGAAGAGAGCCGCAAACUUUUGAAACAGACUGAGGAUAGGCUACAAGAGGAAAUUAAGAAACUGCAGAUAAAGAGUACAGAAAUGGAAAGUCAGUAUAACAAGGUUCACAAGCAGAAUGAAGAAUUAUGGAAAAUGGUCAACUUAGCAUUAUCAGGCCAGUUAGGAAAUCUCAAUUUGGGACCUUCACCCAAGCCAGAACAGAUCACAGAAGCCCUUCGACAACAGCAGGAGCAAGAGCAGCUACGCAAGCAAGAAGACAAGAGGAAAGCUUUGAAGGAACAGAUAGAACGCAUGCGCAAGGAGAGGAAGGAUAAAGAGAAGCUAAGGGAACAGUUAGAAAAUGAAAAGAAGGCACGAGAAAAAGCAGAAAUGGAGAGGCGACAGGCGGAGGAGCGCAAGGCCAGAAUUGAAUCGGAUAUGAGAUCUCACAGACCUAAAGGUAAUUGUUACACUCUUUUUUUAUUUUUAUUUUGUGUAGUAUUUAUUGCAGUUGAUGUGGAAGUGAAUCUUGGAGAUGAUGAUGACAAGCCCCUUACUGGAAGCAAUAUGCCUAGUUUUGAUCGGGGUCUCAAACCUCUAAAUAACAGACGCAAUAUUAAUGCUGCUCGGCAACGGAACUUUGAACCUAAAUAUGGCAGUGUGGGUCUAGCAAGGACAGGAUUAAAGAAUUUGGGCAAUACCUGCUACAUGAAUUCAAUUGUGCAAUGUCUGAAUAACACAACACCUCUUGUCAAGUACUUCAUAGAGGGCACAUACAGUGAUGAUAUCAACUCUACAAGUAAAUUUCGUGGAGAAGUUGCAGAGGAGUUUGGAGCUGUCAUCAGAGCACUCUGGUGUGGACAGUACAGGUCCAUAGCAAUGUGGGACUUGAAGAACACUGUUGGGAGAUACCAUAAACCAUUCCAGGGCUAUGACCAACAUGACUCUCAUGAGUUUCUGAUUAAGCUCAUGGACUGGGUACAUGAGGACCUCAACAAGAUCACUGGAAAGAAGCCUCCCAUGAAGGAGCAAAAUCACGACAACCUUCCAGAUUAUGUUGCUGCAGAUAAGGUGAUGGAGGAAAUCAGGCGGCGGGACCAGUCCAUCGUCCAAACCCUCUUCCAUGGACUCCACCGCUCCACCAUUGAGUGCAGCGUGUGUAGACACAGGUCCCUCACCUUCGAACCUUUCUCUAUCAUCUCCUUGUCAUUCCCAUCACAUGGAAGGUGUUCUCUCAAGGAUAUGUUCCAUCAUUACUACAAGGAAACCAAUCUUGAAUAUAAAUGCUGCAAGUGUAAAAAGAUGCGCAACUGUCUACGCAAACUGGAUAUAUGGAAACUACCUCCGAUAUUAAUCUUACAUCUCAAUAGGUUUGAGCAUGAUGUUUUAAUGAAGAAGACACAGAGUUAUGUGGACUUUCCUUUAGAAAAUCUUGAUCUUACUAAAUAUGUGGCUGCAACAAACAGAUACACAAGCUUCGACUUAUAUGGAGUUUCAAACCACUAUGGAACUAUGGAUGGAGGUCACUAUACAGGUUUCUGCAAGUCGUCAAUUACCAAAACAUGGUACAAAUUCGAUGACCACGAGGUUUAUGAAUUGUCGAGAGAGAGUGUCAGAUCAUCUGCUGCAUAUAUUUUAUUUUAUGAAGCAAGUAAUAUGAGUAUUAAAGUCAACAGCUUAAUAUAAGCAGUUAUAUUGUGUAUAUAUAUUCCAUAUCAUAGAGUCACAGGGGUGAAAUAAAGUUUAUAUAUUGUCUAUAUCAUUUUGCUAUAUAAUGGUAUGUAUAAUGAUAUGUAUGUAAAUCUUUAUAUGUAAAAAUGAAUAUACAUUGGCCAGAUACUUGGCCUUGGCAUAGGCUAUAUAGCUAUACUCAUAAUAGAGAAAUACAUCAUUAUGAGAGAUAUUAUUGUGCUGCAACCCAUUAAUUGCCACAAAGAAUAUUUCCAGUUACUGAAGUAAGUGAUAAGCAAUCUACUUUUACAAUGCCAUGAAAUAUUGUAGCUAGCACUUCUUAAUACAUGUUGCCAUGCACAGGAACACUCACUAUCAGGACCAACACAUGCACUAACUCAUGCUUAUAUAUACAGAUACAUUCACUUAGACACACAUGCACAAAUGUGUAACUUACACCUGUAUAUCCAAGAGCACUUGCACACAGUCACAUAUGCCUCUUUUCACAUACAAAGACUCACACCAAUGCACCGACACUCACAUUCACACACCCCACCAUCCCUCUUCACCUACUGACACCCUUACACACAAACACACACUUACAUACAAAGAGUUAGUGAAAAAUAACAUUUGCAAUCUGUGGUUAAGUGAUAUUUAUUGCAUUUUGUGGGAAUUUUUAGUACAUGCUAUUCUUCCAGUCUUUGUAAUGAAGAUGAUUUUAUGGUUGCUGUAUUACUGUUUUAUGAAUAUUUCCUGGUUUGUUAAUAUGGCAGACAAACACAUGCACAUUCACAUGCAUACACGUACAUGUACAGUAUGUAGUCAGGAAAUCAGGAAUAGAUUGUGUGAGAGAAUUGUACAGUGUGGAUGAAAGUAUGUAUGAGUGCACGUAUGCGCACACAAGCGCGCGUGUGCGCGUGCACACACACACACACACACACACACACACACACACACACACACACACACACACACACACACACACACACACACACACACACACACACACACACACACA